AUAUAUUUAUAUAUAUACAUAUAUAUAGCGACCGCUUGACGUGUAAAUUUGUUUGAAAUUUCUAUAUAUAUUAUAUAUAUUAUCGAAACCACGAUAUUACCAUAUGCUCAAACGAGAUUCAUUUCCGUUUGAUUUCAUUUCUCACAGCGGUAAUAAUGCCAAAGUGUUCAGAAGAGAAGUGGUUCACCGUGUUUCUUCUUUUUUUGUUUUUUUUAGCUCUUUCGUGCUUACGUGCAGGGAAGUAAAUCGUUGUCCGUUUAUUUUACAAUUUACAACACUCGAUUAUGUACCGACGAACACAAAUCGUGUUUUUGAGACGAAUAAUAAUUUUAUAAUCUUAGAGUAUGUUCCCAAACAUGUUAACUGUCUGUGCAUCAUGAAACAAUUCAUAAAUGAUUUUCUCACAGACUUUUCGUGUUUUAGCGUAUCAUAAGAUGUAACUUAAGUUUUAAAUAAUUAUUGUAAUUUCUGUGUCGGACAAUUUGUAUAUUUUCUAUAUGUAUCCUUUUAAGAUUUUACUCUGAAGACCACGAGCGUUUGAUACUAGUUUGAUCGAGCGGCUGAUUAGUAAUUAAAGAACAAAACACAAAAAAAUGGUAAAAAUGCAAACUUUGUAACGAAGUGACCAAAGUUAAAAAAGUUUGUAGAAAAAUGAUGUGAGCGAACGCAUAAUCUUUCAUCGUGUGUAAUGUUCACAAAAAUAUUCUGUAUGCACUGUGCAGGCACUGGAAAUUAAUGCGUGUUUUCAAUGAAAGAGAAAAGAGUAAAUGCUUAAGAAAAAUGAUCCUUUAUUCUGACGACAAUUCGAACGUAUAAAUUUUCUGCUAUAUAAUUAAUUCAGUGUAAUGUAGUUAUUUAAUUAAGUAAAAUAUUUCAUAGGAACAUCCCGUUUUAUCGUAUCUUUUUUUCUCUAAUUUCUUCACAAAGAAAUAUUCGAUAUCAUUUUCAGAAUGAAAAAAAUAUGAUUCAGAUGUGGAAUGACCAAUGUACUGUCAAUGUCUGCUUGCAUUUACGAGACUAUAAUAUAUUUUUCCUAUGUCACCAUACAACUAUCUGUGAGAGAAUUAUAUACAUUUGCGUUAAUACAACGUAAUCUCAAGCAGACAUUUUUUUCUGCAUUAAUCUGUUACCAGAGAAAAUAGGAAAAGUGAAUAUGUCAAAUGGAAAAUUUUAUCUGAUCAGAAGAUCAAAUCAUUGUAUAAUUUCUUAUUACCAGUUUGCCUGUCACUGGAUUCCCUCGACAGAAAAUAAAUGCCUGUCUUAUAAAAUACACUAUUUCUUCGUGUCACGGUAAUUUAUAUCCAACGCUAUAAUAUUCUACGAAUUUACAAAAAGGCCAGUCAUGAAUCAGUCAGAAACUAACAUCAGACCUAGCCUAAUUAAUUUUACACAUGGUAUUUGUUUUCCUCGCUCUUUCUACCGGUCGUCGGUUAGUUUUUAUUGACCGUAAUGUGAAACCCAGCCUCCGACCACUUUACGUGGGAGUUAUCACAUCUAUGUAUGUUUCUAUGUUUGUGUCUGUAGAAGGAAACAAGUGUCACGUUGACCAUUCCGAAACUAUUUCCUAUGUUACAAAAGCGCAAACUGUUGAAAGAAUAUUAGAAAAAAUUAUUUUCAAGAUACCUCUAUAUAUUAAUAAGAAGCCAAACAUGGUGCAAGUGGCUCGUUCGCCCCUAAUCGGAUGCACGUGUAUUUCACAUGUGUAUUCUAGUAAAGGGAAGGGGUAGGGUGGGGGUUAACGGCAACGCACAUCGGGGAAGAGGGAAUCCUGGAGGAAACGAAGGAAGCCACAGCGGCUUAGUCAUUCAUAAACGAACCGCUAGUGUGGUCGGACGCCUCUUUUGAGUUACUGUAGUUAUUUAACGAUUAACUGAUAACGGCACAGUGCAGCAUGGCUGCACGAAAGAAAGAGGAAUCAUCAAAGCAACGUUAUCAAGCGAACGCACGUGAAAGGGAUCGCACUCAUAGGAGAAUAUUCAGUUAUGAAAAAUUCGCGAAUACUCUAAGCGAGGGUAAGGAAUCCAAACGCGAAAUUCAAGAAAUCCAAUCUUCGCUCUGCAGUGUGAACACGGCUUUCAGUACCUUGAGAACUUUAAUACCAACGGAACCUGCGGAUAGGAAAUUAUCAAAAAUAGAGACAUUGAGAUUAGCGAGCAGUUACAUCAGCCAUUUGGGUGCUGUUCUUGUUGCCGGUCCUAUAGAUCAACCGUGUUUACGCGUUGAGGAUAGCAGCGGACUUUACGGAACAAAUUAUUGGACUGAUUCACAAACAAGGCCGCAAGUCUGCACUUUUUGCCUUGCUAUGCACAAAAAAUAUAACUUAAAUAUUACUUCAGGAGCAAUUUCAAAUUAUUAAAAGGAGAACAUAUGUAUACUGUUUUUGAGAAAUCAACAUCUAUCGACCUAAGCAAUGUAUGAAGAUUAAGAUAUACAUAAAUAAUUUACUGUACAUUUCUUGUAUAUAUACGAAUAUUAUUAAGUUUAAUAAAGUUUAUAUUGCAUCUAUUAACUCUAUCG